AUGUUGUCAUUGAUACCAUAUUUGAGAAGCAAAUUUAACUUUGACUUAUCAACUUUGGACUAUCAUCGUUACAUCAAAAAUUGGGUGAUUGGAGCGAGACGUUUCAUGCUGAAACUUGAUGACAACACAAUUCCUGAAGCAAAGCGAAAGUUUCACUUCUUGUUCUGGUUGGAUUUCUCUGUGAAAAUCUUAUUUUAUAUGAGUGUUGGCUAUUUAACUUAUCGGACUUAUAUGCAGCCAAAAAAGUAA